CAAGGAUAGGGCUGGAGGUUCAGCAUCAUAGGGAUAGGGUUCGGGGAGUGAUUGAGUGACUAAUUCCCAGGGAGGGGUUCAGGAAGGUGCUGGGUGGGCAGAUAGAACUGAAGCUAAAGGGGGUCAGGGAGGGUCAGUAUCACAGGUAGAGUUAAGCACAGCAUUGUAUUGUAUCCCUGGUAUAGUUUUCAGCAUCCCACAUAAGAGGUUCAGGAGAAUAUUGCUGAGGAGACUAUUUUAGAUUUUUGGGGGCAGAAUCCCAGAUAAGGGGUUUGGAGAAGUGCAUGCAUCCUGGUUAAAGGGCUCAGUGUAAUUCUGCACAUUAACCCUGAGAGGAGAGAGCACAGGUGCUCUGGGUCAUUUUUCAGCCAUGAACAACCUGACACAGAUGAUGUCCCACCGUGUGGAGAGGAUGAAGGAAGAGGAGAUUAAAGCCUGGAGCCAACCCCUAGAGAACGCGGAUAAUCCCAGCACUAAGAAGCGCUCAUUCAUCUUGGAUCCUUCAGGGAAUUGGUACUACUGUUGGCUCAACAUCAUGGUCUUUCCAGUCACUUACAACUGGGUCAUCAUCAUCUGCAGGUCUUGUUUCCCAGAGUUACAGUCCCAGUACCUGGCUGUCUGGCUGAGCCUGGACUAUCUGAGUGAUGUUCUGUAUGUGAUGGACAUAAUCGCCAACUUCCACACAGGAUUUUUGGAGGAGGGAAUAUUGGUCACUGAUCGUCAUAUGAUUGCCAGGCACUACCUGUUCUCAUCCAGAUUCCGUUGGGAUUUGCUCUCUGUGUUGCCCACAGACUUCCUCUACUUUAAACUGGGUAUCCACACCCCUGCGGUUCGUAUCAAUCGAUUUCUGCGCUUCCACCGGCUCUUUGAAUCCUUUGACCGCACAGAAACCAGAAUUCCCUACCCCAAUGCAUUCCGGAUCUGCAAGCUCGUGGCCUAUAUCUUUGUCGUUAUCCACUGGAACAGCUGUGUCUAUUUUGCCCUUUCCAACUUUAUUGGGUUUGGUAAAGAUGAUUGGGUUCACCCUAAUAUUUCUGACCCUGAUUUUGGACGUUUGGGUCGGCAGUACCUGUACAGCUUUUAUUUUUCUACUCUGAUCCUCACCACCGUUGGAGACAUUCCUCCCCCAGUGCAACAGGAAGAGUGGCUCUUUAUGGUGGUGGACUUCCUCAUCGCUGUCCUGGUAUUUGCUACCAUAAUGGGAAGCAUGACUUCAGUCGUUUCCAACAUGAACAGCGCCGAUGAAGCCUUCUACCCGAAUUAUGACAACGUCAAACUGUAUCUGAAAAUGUACAAAGUCAACAGUAGUGUAAAGAAGAAGGUCAUUGCUUGGCACCAGCAUCUCCAGAUCUACAAGAAAUUGACCAACGAGAACCAGAUUUUGCAGAACCUGCCAGAGAAGCUGAGGGUGGAAGUAGCAGUGAGUGUUCAUUUGCCAAUUCUCAGCAAGGUCCAGAUUUUCCAGAACUGUGAAAAGAGUCUCCUGGAAGAACUUGUGCUAAAACUGAAGCCACAAGUCUACAGCCCGGGGGAGUACGUGUGCAAAAAGGGGGACAUUGGGAGGGAGAUGUACAUUAUUAAGGAAGGCAAGUUGGCUGUGGUGGCAGAUGAUGGGGUGACGCAGUUUGCUGUGCUUGGGGCAGGAAACUACUUUGGAGAGAUCAGUAUCCUGAACAUUAGAGGUAACACCUCUGGGAACCGCAGAACAGCUAAUAUAAAGAGCAUUGGUUACUCUGACCUCUUCUGUCUGUCCAAGGAGGACUUGAGAGAUGCACUGACCGUGUAUCCUGAUGCGAAGUCCAUCUUGGAGGAAAAGGGACGGGAAAUUUUACUCAAAAUGAACAAGUUGGAUGAGAAGUUGGCUGAUGAGCUGGCGGCCAAAGAGCAGGAGCUGGAGAUGAAGGUUGGUCGGUUGGAAUCCAACUUGGACUCCUUACAGACCAAACUGGCUCGUCUGCUGGCAGAACUGGAAUCCAGUGCAGUUAAGAUGACCCAAAGGAUUAGACAGCUGGAGUGGGAAAUAAGCCUAUGGGAAGAGGAGGCACCAGGGGAGACGGAGGCUGAUGGGAAAUAGGGUACAAAUAUGGCUGCUUGUCUGUGGGACUGACUGAUAUGGGACAUCAAUAAUGAAUAUGUUAUUGUAUUCUGGAGAUUUCAGAGACAUGGUCAUUCCUCACAGAACCUUAUUGCAGUAUUGUUGGGUAGUUUGAACUGCAGCACUAACACUUUAUUCUAUAGACAUUAAUAUGCACAAUUAGGGACAUAAAGGUUUUUUGACGUUAUCAGUCCCAAUAGAAAUCUUUAAUGGGAUAAACAAUACGCUGCUGCCUGCAGUACUUACUUGUUUUCUGUCCCUGCCUAAUUGCUCUA